UUGGGGUAAAAGGCCUCGAGAGAGAGCGAAGCUUGUCUCCACUUUAUUCCCCUUCAAAUUCUAUACUUUGCUCUCUAAUAUACCCUCAACCAGGUUUUGGUUUUGGUUUGGUGCAUUGUCUUCUUCUCCUCUUAAUCUCUUAUAGUAUUGUGGGGUGGUUCCAUUUGUGCUUCUUACCAUGUGAGUGAGUGUUCUGAUUUGUACUACAUUGGCUAAAGUGGUGACAAACUGAGAUUCCUUGAAUUGUUUUUUUGACGUUAACUCAGUAACACAGGAUUGCCCCCCCUUGGUUGUGUUCUUCUCUCAGUUACCAAGUGCCUUGAUCAUCAAACCCGCUGUCUCUGAAUAGAGACAUUAACAGAAACAGAAAUUGAGCUGAAACCCAUGUUUUUAGGGAGCUGAGCUUUUGAUCUUGUCUUAAUACGCUUGCUCGCCUCAUUGCUCAACUUUAACUCCUCUUCAACUAAGGAAGGACUAUUGUAUCGUUUUCUGUUGUUAUUAACUCAGAAAGCUAUAUGAAGCUGUCCCAACAAUGAGAGAUGAGAACUCGAAGAAAAGCAAGCUUUCAUGGCCCAAAACGUUGGUCAAGAAGUGGUUCAAUAUCAAGAGCAAAGCUGAGGACUUUCAGGCAGAUGAUGUCCUUUACGGAGGUGUCGAUGAAGAGUGGAGGAGCAACUGUUCACAGAGGGAGGAAUGCACUAUCAAGAAAAGCAAAACAGAUAGAGCAAAGAGAAGGAACUCAGAUAGAAUGCGGCGAGGUAAGAUUGACCCUGAUGCAGCUCAGGUUACGGAUGUGUAUAACUAUAGAAUCUUUGUUGCCACUUGGAAUGUAGCUGGAAAAUCUCCUCCAAGUUAUUUGAGUCUGGAAGAUUGGCUUCACACUUCUCCACCUUCUGAUAUCUAUGUUCUUGGGUUUCAAGAAAUUGUACCUCUCAAUGCUGGAAAUGUUUUAGGUACAGAAGACAAUGGUCCUGCCAGAAAAUGGCUAGCUCUUAUUAGGAAGACCCUAAACAGUCUUCCUGGAACAAGUGGUGAAUGCCACACUACAUCGCCGCUUCCUGAUCCUAUUGUAGAGUUAGAUGCUGAUUUUGAGGGAUCAAUGAGGCAGAAGGAAACCUCUUUUUUCCAUCGCAGGUCUUUCCAAUCCUUGAGUCGUAGUAUGAGAAUGGACAAUGACAUGUCACUGCCACAAGCUUACCUUGACCGCCGUCUCAGCGUGUGUGAUCGAAUGAUGUUUGGCCACAGGACAAGUGACUAUGAUCCCAAUUAUAGAUGGGCUUCCUCAGAUGAUGAAAACGGGCCUGGUGACUCCCCAGUUGCGACACAAUAUUCACCAAUGUCAUAUAGAGGUUUUUUCUCUAUGGAUGACAGAGAGAGACACACAGGGCACUCAAGAUACUGUUUGGUUGCUAGUAAGCAAAUGGUUGGGAUAUUUCUUACAGUUUGGGUGAAAAGUGAUAUAAGAGAUGAUGUUCACAACAUGAAAGUUUCUUGUGUUGGCAGAGGAUUGAUGGGAUAUCUUGGAAACAAGGGUUCAAUCUCAAUUAGCAUGUCUUUGCACCAAACAAGCUUUUGCUUCAUAUGUAGUCAUUUGACUUCUGGACAAAAGGAGGGUGAUGAGCUAAGGAGGAAUUCAGAUGUAAUGGAGAUACUCAGAAAGACAAGGUUUCCCCGGGUUCACGGCAUGGGCAAUGAGAGAUCUCCUCAGACGAUUCUAGAACACGAUCGAAUAAUUUGGCUGGGGGAUUUAAAUUAUCGGAUAGCCCUUUCUUACCGUGCAGCAAAAGCUCUUGUUGAGAUGCGUAAUUGGAAGGUUUUGUUAGAGAAUGACCAGCUUCAUAUAGAGCGGAGACAAGGCCGUGUCUUUGAAGGAUGGAAUGAGGGGAAAAUAUAUUUCCCUCCAACAUACAAGUAUUCGAACAAUUCAGACAGAUAUGCAGGAGAUGAAAGACACUCAAAACAAAAGAGAAGAACUCCAGCAUGGUGUGAUCGAAUCUUGUGGUAUGGAAGAGGCCUCCGUCAAUUAUCUUAUGUACGAGGGGAAUCAAGAUUCUCUGAUCAUAGACCAGUUUAUAGUAUGUUCCAGGCAGAAGUUGAGUCUCUUAGCCGUAACCGAAUCAAAAAAUGCUCUAGUUGCUCCAGUUCAAGAAUUGAAGUAGAAGAGCUGUUGCCACAUUCACAUGGUUACAGCUACACUGAUUUGAAUAUCUUUUGAUGAAUGCUACAACAUAUAUUUCCUCUGAACAAUCUGACUAAUUGAGGAAACUAAAAUAUCGAAGUGUGCCAUACAAGGUGGGCAAUGCUCUGGGGAAUGCUAGCCCCAGCGGUGAUGUAGACAUUGUUACUCUCCACUCCCAAUUAAGCUGCAGAGUUUGAUUUUGCCUACAAAUUGUUUUGCAGCUCACAAUUAUUUGGUUGACUAAUGACUUGUCAGCUCAAAUGCAAAUAACGUCUCAAUUACAUUGAUGAGAAACAUUAAAGAAUUACCGCUGUGAUGGGUAUUCAUUGCUUGUGUUAGAAAAGAUAUGUGCAAGUUCUGACGAAUAUGAAGCUUCUUUUCUCGUAGCAGCUAAUGAUUUCACUGAGAAGCAUUAAAGCUAAUGAGUAAAUUUUAUGGCUUUGUUUUGAACAUGUUGUAGUGUUUUCUUUUUCUGAUUAAGAUGAAAGUUGCAACCAAAAGGAAAUAAGGAAAUGGG